AUGCCGGACCAUCAAAGGUACUACCCCUUUCCAAUACCCCCUUAUGCCCCAUGCAAAACUAAAAUAAAUACCAGAAAUAAAAUCACCAUAGGAACAUGGAAUGUGAGAUCACUAAGAGACGAAGGAAAAGUUGAAGAGCUCACACAUGAACUUAACCGACUCUGUUUCAACAUCAUAGGACUCUCUGAAAUGCGCUGGAAAAACAUAGGUGAAACAACAACAGAAGCUGGCCAUAAACUGGACUACAGUGGACUACCAGAUGUUCACGAACAAGGAGUAGGAUUUCUUGUACACAGGAACUACAACAACUGCGUUGUGAAUUGUUACCCUAUAUCCAGUCGACUCAUCUCCAUACGUUUAAAGGCAUCACCCUUCAAUAUCACCAUCAUUCAAGCCUACGCUCCUACAUCAACAUAUGACGAUGAGGCAGUAGAAGAGUUUUAUGAUCAAUUACAGGAAGUGGUCAAUAAGGUCCCGAAAAAGGACAUCCUUGUUGUACAAGUAGACUGGAAUGCCAAAGUAGGAAGUGACUCCUAUCAAACCUGGAAAGGCACUUGUGGAAAAUACAGUAACCUCUCAACCAAUGAACGAGGUCAAAGACUAUUAGAAUUUGCGAAAUACAACAAUCUCUUACUGGCUAAUACACUAGGAUGCCACAAAAAAUCGCGUAUAACCACAUGGCACAGUCCGAACGGAGAGCACCACAACCAGAUAGACUAUAUCAUGGUGCAACAGCGUUUUAAGACAAGCAUCCAUACAGCUAAAACAAGAAGUUUUCCUGGAGCUGACAUUGGAAGCGACCAUGACCUUGUUAUGAUGACCCUUAAAGUACACCUAAAAAAGGUAACAAAACAAGGACCUACCAGGAUAAAAUUUGACCUGGACAAGCUGAAAGACCCCCAAGUAGCUGCCAUUUUCGAGGCACAAGUAGGAGGACGCUUUGCAGCCCUCAACAUCUUGGACUCCAAUGACCAGGAUAUCGAUACGCAAGUCAAUAUGCUAAACACAGCAGUCACAGAUACAGCCCUAGAAAUAUUAGGGAAGCUCCGCCCGCCCAAAAAACCCUGGGUAACAGAGGAUAUACUCCAACUCUGUGACAAGCGACGGGAGCUUAAAGGGAAAAAGCUGUCCGACCCAAAAUAUGUCCAAGAAUACAAAAGCGUCAACAAACUGAUUAGAAAGGGAAUGAAAGAAGCGAAGAAAAAGUGGAUAGAGAAUAAGUGUCAAGUAAUUGAACAGGGACUUAAUAGAAACAACAGCAAAAAGCGUACCAAUUAG